AUGAGUAAUGAUCUUGAGGUAUUCACUCGAUUACACUCUACUCUGGACAUCAUCAAUGAACUGCCAAUCUUAUCAAAGUUGUCCAAAGACUUUUUCUCACUUGAGACAUUGAUCAUUGAAGUACUAGAGUCGAUCACCUUUGUUAGAUAUGGUAUACAUCAAUUGGAGCAUAACAUUAUCAAUGAUAGUCUGUUCUUCACAUUGAAUGGAUUGACUACAUCGAUGUUGGAUGUAACCAUGGCACUAGUGGACAUGGCAUCGAUCAAUAACCUCCUUGUACUUCGGUUCCUCAGGUUCCUCUUUGAUGAUACAUUCCUUCACGGGCUUGUCCAGAAGCUGGAGAAUAGUGAUCAUCUGGUGGUGGAUCAGAUAAUCAAACACUAUGCCAACUUGAUCAUUGCCAUUCUGAUCGACUUCAAACUAGUAUCACAACAGUGCAACAACUUUUACAUUGAUCUACACAAAGCCUACGAUGUGGCAACAUCGAUAUUAGGUAGUGAACGAUUGGGGCACUCGCUCGAUCAAUGGUUCUUGACGCCAUCUCCACCAGAAUGUUUACACAGUAGUACAUCCAAGGCCAAACUACUCUACCUUGUACUAAUCAAAGACAAGUCUCAAUCAGAGUUGUAUCUCAAUGUCCAGAACAGGCAUUAUGCAUUCGAGUAA